CUGUCACUUUAGACAUUGUUUUUGUAUUCGAGGAGUUUAUUUCGUAGGUACUUAAUAAAUAAAAAAUAAAUACAAAUUCAGCCCAUCAAAAGACAUGGUUAAACUAAAUGUGAUGUAAAAUAAAAUAAAGUUUGUUCAAUCGUUACUAAACUUUCACCAUGGAUAAAUUAACAGUAAUAUCCGGAACCCUUUUCAUGGCCGCAGACGUAUUUGCUAUUGUGAGUCUUGCAAUGCCCGAUUGGAUAAUAACAGACGUUGGAGGGGAUACCAGACUGGGCUUAAUGUGGUCAUGUAUUACUUUGUAUAAUCGCCCUCAAGUUUGUUUUACUCCAGACCUUCAACCUGAAUGGUUACUGGCUUUGAUUUGUAUAUUCAUAGGAUGCAUAUGCAUAACUACUACAGUUAUUCUUUUAGCAUCAAGCCACUUUGACCGCAAUGUCAUUCCAUAUGCAAGAUGGGUUGGAUUUGCUGCAAUGGUAGUGUUCUGCCUUGCAGCUGUUAUAUUUCCAAUGGGCUUCCAUGUUGAUGAAAUUGGAGGUCAACCUUACCAAUUACCUAACAGCCAUCAAGUGGGAAUCUCUUACAUAUUAUUUGUAUUAUCAUUGUGGAUUACUGUGAUAUCUGAAUUAUUUGCAGGAAAAGUAUGUUUGCCUCACUUUUAGAUGUAAAAUUAUUUACUUUAAUAAAAAAUUUUUUACUUUAAUUAGGUUUUAAGUGUAUGUAAGUAAUGGUGUUUGUUGGUAUUUAUAUGUUAAUGAAUUUUAAUUAAAACAUUCCAAUUGUUAAUAAAAAUUAAAGAUCUGAUAUACUUAAGUUA